GUACGGGGCCGUCGAGGUGUUCUCGAACAAGGCCAUGAGGGCCUACGCGCAAAACGUGUACAAGUGCAAGCAGGACUUGCCGUGGUCGGACUGGGGCGAGGACUCUGACUUCUUCCUCACCCGCUGCAUGGACCAGAUCGGGGUGGGCAGGCUUCUCGACUUCCGCCUCGUGGGCGACGACCUCUGCGUGGGCCCGGGCCAGGGCGGGGCCGGCGACUGCGACAGCCCCGACAGGACCGGCCGCCUUCCACCCCUUCAAGAAGUUCGACGACUGGAUGAACUGCUUCAACAAGGCGAUCGGGAGGAUCUGAGCAGGUUAUAUGCGCUGCUGAUGGGGCAAUGCAACAGCGACUCCCAGUAUCCGAAACUGCGCCCUCUGCUUGGGGCAAACAGGGGCAAGGCCCAUCGCAUCAAUUCGCGCGGGAUGGACGUUCGGCACCUGCGCUUGAGUAGACGGGCAGUUGCUCGCUGA